AUGGGAUUACUUCGAUUUUUUAAAAGUAAAUCCAAUCAACACCUAUGUAGUAUGGCUACAAACGAUACCGAUGAUUCUAAAUCAGAAAGUCACCAUCAAAACUUAUCUGAAUUGGACUCAAUAUUAAUAUCAACUUCAUUGACAUCAGCAUCAUCAUCAUCUUCAUCAUCAUCUUUACCAUCAUCUUUACAUAUUAAUGAAGAUCAUCGGCAUUCUACUGGUCUAGCUGUAUUUUCUCUUUCUUCAUCUUCCUCGUCAUCAUCAUCAUCAUCAUCAUCAUCAAUAAACGAAUUUAUUGAAGACUCAUCAUACAUGUCUACACGUAUUUUACCCGUUGGAUUCUAUCGUGAACAGGAUCAGCCGCCUAUAUCAGGAUCGUCGUCUUUAUCAACGAGUUCCAAUGAUAAAAAUUCAGCAUCGACAACAAAACGUUUUAAUACGUAUCGUCCGUAUGAAAAUGAUCAAUUACAAUUUGCUUCCAACGGUUCCAAUACGUCUUCGUCGUCAUCGUCUUCGUCAUCGUCAUCAUUACCACCAAAAAAAGAAAUAUUCAUCAAUCAAACACGUACACAACAAACUCCACCAGCCAAUUCUAACACAACCAUAUCUAUACCGAUUAAAACGGCAACUAACUAUUCUCCACCCGUUGAGUCAUUGACAAUUGAACAAAAUUUAUUUAAUAUGGUUCGUUUUGAUGUUGUGAAAUCAAAUUUUUGUGAUUAUUAUCAAUUGGGUGAUUUUGUACGAAGCGGUGGAUUUUCUGAUAUACACGAAGGUGUUCGUUUAAGUGACAAUAAACCAGUUGUAGUCAAAUUCAUUCCAAAAGAAAAAACUAAAAAUUGGCUGAUGAUUUGUCAAAAAAAAUAUCCAGCAGAAAUUUUACUGCAUAAAGCUGUACAUGAAAUACAAGGUAUUAUUCAUGUGUUUGAUUAUUUCGAGAAUGCACAACAUUGGAUAUUAGUCAUGGAACGUCUACGUAAUUGUCAAGAUUUAUUCGAUUUUCUAGAAGCCAAAGAUCGUGGACGCCUUAGUGAAGCAACAGCAAGAAAAUUCUUUCAACAAUUAGUUCAAAUCAAUUUAGCAAUGAUACGGAAAGGCGUUGUUCAUCGCGACCUUAAAAGUGAAAAUAUUUUAGUUGAUCUUGAUACAGAAUCGCUUGUAUUAAUCGAUUUUGGUGCCAGUGCCAUUUAUAAAUGUCCAACAUCACAUUAUUCAGAUUUUCAUGGAACAAAACAGUAUAAAUCACCUGAAUAUAUUCUAAAAAAACGCUAUGCUGGUGUACCGUCUACUGUGUGGACACUUGGUGUACUACUUUACGAUAUGGUGUGUGGUAGUCUACCAUUUGAAAGUGAAGAAGAAAUCACCGGAUAUAAACUGGUUCUCAGACCACAUCUAUCACCCGAGUUAAAAAAUUUAAUACAACGUUGUCUAGCACCGAAUCCUGAUCGUCGACCGUCACUAGAAUCAUUGCUUGAACAUAUUUGGCUUAAAGGUUAA